CCUUCCAGAUCCAUUCGCGAGAUUACUAGGGAGCGAAUGUUCGCUCCAUUGCUGUUCCCAAACCCUCCAAAGUCCAAACCCCUCUCCUCCUCCUCUCCAACGCCAUAAACCACAGAGAGGGGGAGAAGAAGUGGAAGCGUGAGCCGCCGCAGCCGCACGCGAUGCAGCAGCAGCCGAUGCCGAUGCCCGCGCAGGCGCCGCCGACGGCCGGAAUCACCACCGAGCAGAUCCAAAAGUAUCUGGAUGAAAACAAGCAGCUUAUUUUGGCUAUUUUGGAAAAUCAGAAUCUGGGAAAGUUGGCAGAAUGUGCUCAGUAUCAAGCGCAGCUUCAGAAGAAUCUCUUGUACUUGGCUGCAAUUGCUGAUACUCAACCGCAGACCACUAUAAGCCGUCCCCAGAUGGUGCCGCAUGGUGCAUCGCCGGGGUUAGGGGGGCAAUACAUGUCGCAGGUGCCAAUGUUCCCCCCCAGGACCCCUCUAACGCCCCAGCAGAUGCAGGAGCAGCAGCUGCAGCAACAGCAAGCCCAGCUGCUCUCGUUCGGCGGUCAGAUGGUUAUGAGGCCUGGCGUUGUGAAUGGCAUUCCUCAGCUUCUGCAAGGCGAAAUGCACCGCGGAGCAGAUCACCAGAACGCUGGCGGGGCCACCUCGGAGCCUUCCGAGAGCCACAGGAGCACCGGCACCGAAAAUGACGGUGGAAGCGACUUCGGCGAUCAAUCCUAAGGGCUAAGUUGGCCUUUCAGGUCGCGACGAAAAACAAAAAAAAAACAUGUAGGCAACGACUGAGUGGAGAGGGGAUCAUUCCUGUGCCCUUGAACGGUGAGUGGCCGUGAUCUUCGCCUGAUGAUGGUCAGUGGUUGUUACAUUUACCUGUGUUUUUGAGACUUUCAGUCUGGUACAAACGUAGAUUGCUGCAAGGAUUUGUGCUUUGGUUUUGACUCAGAAUUAGGCUUGUAGCCUCUUCUGAUCAUGGUUCUUGGCCUCGUCCGAUACUGUUGGCUGCUGGAAUUUGUUGCCGGCUGGAGGAAUAGACGGCGUUAGCACCUGGUGUUUUGUGGCUGAAGGUUGAGAUUAGGAGGAAAUUGCUAUUGCAUAUACAGGAAUAAUUAUACUCCAAUACAGUUAAUUGUA